CAUCGUCGGCCGUUCGUUUCAACACAGCAGGAUGAUUUCUGCAAGUUGAAGCGCGUGGAUUUCAACGCCCCCCAAGCGAUAUGACAGCAGUCACUUCCACUUUAAGAAGGCGGAUCUCUCGGUGUAUAGUGUUUAUUACGAGUCCUGAAGUGGCACAUGGAAAUGAUACAGUAGCCUAACUCCUGCUAAUUCAACAUGGCGAAAGCUUAUGUGGAAUAUGUUUCGCAUAGGAUAAACUUAAGUGACUAAAAUGCCAAAUUUCUACCUAAAACGAAGUGAAUUUUAUUGCAUUCUUCGUUGUUACUGUAACUCGCUAGAUUAUUUUUCAUAAUCAUUUUGAAUGCACUGUAGCCAACCUAAUAUAACAGAAAGCGAGUGUCACAGCACAGUAAAUGCGGCAGAAAAACAUCCAACCACAUAUUAAGCCGCCGAGCGGGAGGUUGCAGAACAUAGGAAUAAGGCUAAGCAGCGCUGAAAUUACAAAGGAACUGCGUUGCGCAAAACAAGUAAUUUCGAAUUUCAUUCUUGCAAAGUAAAAGAAGUAAAAGGACUUCACGGUGAGAUGGACCGACCACCAGAACCACGCAGCGAGCGCAUCUAUACCAUCCUCGUGUAACCGCCAGCUGAAGACGGGGGUGAGCGGGAUGGCAGCAUCCAGUAACUCCAGUUUGUCGGGUUCUUCAGUCUCCUCAGACCCUGAGGACUAUCAGCCACCAAUAUGGAAGUGUUACUUGUACCAGCUGCAGCAGGAGGCACCUCGCCCCAAGAGGAUAACCUGUCCUCUGGAGAUGGAGAACAGACCAAAGUAUUACGGCAGAGAGUUCCACGCCAUGAUUUCCCGGGAGCGUGCGGAUGAGCUACUGGGUGAGGCUGAAGGAAGCUAUCUCAUUCGAGAAAGCCAAAGGCAACCUGGAACAUGCACACUGGCCUUGAGGUUUGCAAACCAGACUCUGAACUACAGACUCUUCUAUGACGGCAAGCACUUUGUCGGGGAGAAGAGAUUUGAGUCGAUCCAUGACCUGGUGACGGAUGCCCUGAUCACGCUCUACAUCGAGACCAAGGCCGCUGAGUACAUCGCCAAGAUGACCACCAACCCUAUCUACGAACACCUGGGCUACACGUCCCUGCUGAGGGACAAGGUGACACACAGACUCAGCAGAGGGCGGCCCGAAUUCAAGAGGGUCACCUUCCAAAGGGAAGACAAGAUCUCCUCGCCCCUGGUGAAGCGGACUGCCCUGAGGGACGGAGAGAAGCAGUGCACCUACGAGAAGGCGCACAAUUUUAAGGUUCAUACUUUCCGAGGGCCGCACUGGUGUGAGUACUGCGCCAACUUCAUGUGGGGGCUGAUUGCCCAGGGCGUCCGCUGCUCAGAUUGUGGCUUGAAUGUACACAAGCAGUGCUCCAAGCUGGUGCCCAGCGACUGCCAGCCAGACCUGCGCAGGAUAAAGAAGGUCUUCAGCUGUGACCUCACUACACUGGUCAAAGCCCACAACACACAGCGCCCCAUGGUGGUGGACAUGUGCAUUCGUGAGAUUGAGCAAAGAGGACUGCAGUCAGAAGGGCUAUACCGGGUGUCUGGAUUCACUGAGCAUACUGAGGAUGUGAAGCUGGCCUUCGAUCGAGAUGGAGAUAAGGCAGACAUCAGCGCUAAUGUGUUUGCAGACAUCAAUACCAUCGCUGGCGCUCUCAAGCUCUACCUGCGGGACCUGCCCAUCCCCGUCAUCACAUACGACGUGUACUCCAAGUUCAUACAAGCCGCAAAAAUAACUAAUCCAGAUGCCAGACUGGAAGCGAUCCAUGAAGGUCUGUUGCUGCUCCCACCAGCCCACUAUGAGACUCUGCGCUACCUGAUGACUCAUCUGAAGAGGGUUACCAUGUGGGAAAAAGACAAUUUUAUGAAUGCUGAAAACCUGGGUAUUGUAUUUGGACCGACUCUAAUGCAACCACCUGACCAGAACACUUUGGCAACACUGAAUGACAUGCGGUAUCAGAAAUUAAUUGUUCAGCUCUUGAUUGAGCAUGAAGAUGUUUUAUUUUAACGGGAGACUAAAUGAAGGCAAUUGUGCGACUUAAAAAUUAAUUUCCUGGAUGAGGAUAUGUUAGUGACACUUUGAGGUCUUCAGUUCCUGAUAUGGAGGUCACUGUGAAGGUACAUUCCCAGAAUGAGGACCUGUUAUGUUGCUGCAGUUGUGCAGAUGAUGGCCAACACUGCUUCUGUCUUAUAGACAUGACUGUGAGAAUAAAUGUCUGGUGACAGCCACUCUCAUCUUAAGGAAAGUGUCACUGUUGACCUGCUCCCUUGUGACUGUAGAAGCCAGUGAUGACUUUCUCCCUUUAUCUAUUUAUCAUCCACUCGUUUCAAAUCUCUGUCCACAGUGAACUCCCACAUUCCACAUGGCCAGUGUCCCCGACCAUACUGGCAUGUGAAGCACACGUCUGUGCUUAUUUGGAAUAAUUUCAUAAAAUGAUCUUAAUAAAAGUUCAGGAAAACAAUUACAGCUUCUCGCUGUUAUUCCGGCACAGAAACUGUGCUGUAAUCGUGGAUGAUAGCUGAAACCCUGUAGAGAUACAAAGCACUUUUUCUUUUGCAGGCUUGCUGGAAAAUUACAUUCAGGUCAUUUUUUUCUGUGUACAGUGCAUCGUUUUUAUAAUGUAAAUACUUUAUCAGCUAUUAGAGCUGAGAGUUAUGCACCAUGUAAAAAAAUGUAUGUAGCUAUUACAAAAAAAACUGAAUUCAAGUGUUAUUUCAACUUAAUUGUAAAGACAUUUUCCAGUUUCAUUGCAAAAGAUGUCCAUUGUUACUCACAAGGGUGAUGUGCAGUGGAGUGCUACCACAAUUCAUUCAUGCAGAUCAGUUUCUGUCUGGCAUAACGCAUAUGAAUAUACCAAAUUAAAUCGCUCUGGUAUCAUAUGACAUUGCUGUACUGUUUCGGAUAUUUAGUUGGCGAUCUAAUUUAAUGUUUUAAUGCUAACAAAUGUGUGGGAUUUUACAUCCCUGUCUACAUAAUUUUGCUUCAAUCAGUUACUGUGCAUGGAAAUGAAAAUGAGCACUGACAAUGUGUUUAUGAGUAAUUAUCAAAAGAUACUAAAUUAUUUAACAUAAAAGGAAUUUCAUUUGAUCACUUACAAUGUACUUCAAUUAUAAAUUAUAUUUGUAAUAUUUGAAUUGGAUUCUGUGAAAUAAGGUAACUUUUUUGGGGGUAAGAUGUUGUGUUAAACACAACAAGCGUAUAUAUGUGGGUGCUUUUCCACCUCCUGCUCCAGAUUUAUCACACAUACUGUGGAAAUACCCUUCCUUUCAAAGCUUGUUUUUGUCUGUUUUCAGAUGUCUAUUUGUUGUACGUACAUAAUUCCUUUCUACAAAAACAUUGUACGCAAAGUAUUUUUGUGUGAAGAAUGCAAACUGGUUUGUGCUAUCAAAUGUUGAUUGAAUUUAUUAAAAGUUAAAUCCCUGGAAUGUGUUGAAUUUAUGUGCUUGAAUGAAAGUAGGAAAUCCAGGCCUUGCUCAAAAUCACAUUCUGACACUUGUGGAAUAACAAUGUGCCAGCCACUGUAUGGGACAUUUUUACUGUGGUCUUACAUUGCUGAUUUAUCCAAUAUGUAUUUGAAUUCAUUAAAAAAUGUGCCUGGUC